AUGUCUCAGUCUCGAGUUGAGGAGCAGAAGAGAGCGGUUGCAGCAUCUGCUGCCGCUCAACGAAGUGAUAACAUCGCACACGCCUUAGCGGGUGCUGGCGGUGGUAUUCUUUCAAUGGUCUUGACGUACCCCCUCAUCACACUUUCCACAAGAGCACAGGUUGAAUCUAAACGAGCUCAAUCUACGGCCAUGGAUGCUGUUCGUCGCAUUGUCCAGCGAGAGGGCAUAAGCGGACUUUAUUCUGGACUCGAAUCCGCACUGUUCGGUAUCAGCGUCACCAACUUUGUCUACUAUUACUGGUAUGAAUGGACACGCUCCGCUUUCGAAAAAGCAGCCGUGAAAGCAGGUCGCGCAUCCAAGAAACUCACCACCGCUGAGUCAAUGAUCGCCGGCGCCAUCGCCGGAAGUGCAACCGUCUUGAUCACCAAUCCCAUCUGGGUUGUGAACACAAGAAUGACGGCUCGUAAGUCAGACUCCGAGGAGCAAGCAUUGCCUGGCACCCCGGCGAAGAAGGCUCGCUCCUCGACGAUUGGCACUUUGAUGGACCUACUCCAACGGGAAGGGCCUACGGCCCUUUUUGCUGGAGUUCUACCAGCACUGAUUCUGGUGAUCAACCCCAUUCUGCAAUAUACUAUCUUCGAACAGCUGAAGAACUUGGUGGAGCGCCGUAGGCGUAUGACGCCCAAAGACGCAUUCUAUCUUGGUGCGUUGGGCAAGAUACUGGCGACCUCUAUCACCUAUCCUUAUAUCACCGUCAAGAGCCGAAUGCACGUCGCAAGCAAGGAUGGCCCCAAAGAAAGCUUGAAUGGAAGCUUGAAGCGCAUUAUCAAAGAGGAGGGCUACACAGGUCUAUACAAGGGAAUCAUUCCUAAGGUGACCCAAAGUGCGAUCACUGCUGCAUUCUUGUUUGGAUUCAAGGAUGUUCUGUAUGAUAUGAUGGUUUCUGCCCGGAAGAGAUCUCAGCUCUCUAAAUAG